AGAACGAGAGAACGAGAGAGAACGAGAGACGGAGAGAACGAGAGAGACACUCAACAAGAGAAAGAAAAGAUGAAGACUUUCACAGCCAUCUUCCUCCUCUCCCUCAUCACCCUCGCUCUAUGCACCGGAGAUUCGGACGUGUCUCUCAGUGCGCCUGAUUCACACAGCGCUGAAGAUUUCUUCGUCAAACGCGAUCUGGCUUCCUCUUUCGUGCCGCGUCGACAGAAGAGGAACGCCCAGUUGAACCUGAGCACUCAGAAACUGGAGAGCCUCCACGAGGUGUGCGAGUUGAAUACCGCUUGCAAUGAUUUAUCAGACACAGUGGGGAUCAUCGCCGCCUACCAACGACACUUCGGACCAAUCCCAGUCUAGACCACGCCCACUCCGAGCCCAGACUCCGCCCACACGUUGAUCAAGCCACGCCUCCAUUUGCCUAACCCCGCCCUCUAUUGGCUUUUGAAAGUUAUUGUUGAUUUCAGCAGACCCCCUUUUAUCCAAAGCGACUUCCACAAAAUUCAUGCAAAUAUAAAAGUGUACGCGAUUAAUACAAAAAUAAAAAAAAAAGAGAGAGAGAAACGCAAAGACGAUGUAUAGAAGGUCUGGAAUUGCGCAAGUGAAGUUUGCAGGAGAUGCCAGACAGGCUGAAGGAGAGAGUCCACUCCCCUAGUCUCUGGAAGUCGCUUUGGAGAGACGUCUCUGCUGAACGACUCUCAUAAGAGUUAUUAACAAUGUGUGAACAUAUGAUAUAUACACGUUAGCAAUCUGUCUGUAGCUUUAUAUACAUAAAUAUGUGUGUGUGUGACUCAGUGUGUGUAUAUAACUCUCUAUAUGGAUAGAGCAAACUAUAUUGUAUCACUGCUGACAGUUCCUCCAUAUUGACAAAAUGGUGCUAUUAUUAUUAUUAUUAUUAUAUUAUUAUUAUUAUUAAUAAAAACAAAUAAGAUUUGAAACUGCUAACAAAAUUAGAUACAUAUUUUCCAUACAAGAAGCUGUGUGUGGUCCAGUGGUUAAAGAAACAGGUUUGUAACCAGGAUGGUCCUGGGUUCAAAUCCCAGCCCCUGACCCCCUGUGUGUGUGACCCCCGAGUCUCUGAACCGCCUUGCGCUGCGUCUUUGGGGCAAGGCGUUGUUGUAAGAGACUGUGAUGCACAGCUCACACGCCCUGGUCUCUUGUAAAGUGCUUUGUGAGGGUGCUCCACUAUGAAAGGCGCUAUAUAAUAAUAAUAAUAAUGAUGCUAAUGGAAUGGGAGAUGGUUUUCUGGCGCUGCUCUGCUCCAGUACCUUCGCUGGUGUGUGAGGCUCUGCUAUUGCUUUUCAUUAUGUUCCCUGCUACAGUGUAUGAAUAUUACAAUAAAUAUAUAUAGAGUGAAAACUUCAA